AUUGGUUGAUUAACAUGGUUUACCAUUCUAGUUUUGCUGAUGAUGAAGGAGUGAAGAAAGCUUGUGGAUGUCCUCUUCUUCCUCUGAAAAGUCAUGUAAAGGGACCUGCUCCAGUUUCUGAUCAAGACAAAACCGAUAUAGUUGAUGAAGCGAUUACUUUCUUUCGCGCGAAUGUGUUCUAUAGAAACUUUGACAUCAAAAGCUCAGCUGAUAAGCUUCUUAUCUACCUCACUUUCUACAUUAAUGUGGCCUUGAAAAGGCUUGAAGGAUGUAGAACUUUGGCAGAAGGAACUAAAGCAGUUAUCAACUUAGGGCUUGAAGAUGUUCCUGUUCCUGGAGAACCGGGGUUUCCAUUUCCCGGUCUCUUUAGUAUAGCUCAGUCGCAAAAUGAAUCCGAGCUGUUUAGGAAUUAUCUGAAGCAGAUUAGAGAGGAAACGAGUGGGAGAUUGUUGAGUGUUGCUUAUCGACCCAAUGGAACUCCAAACAAGUGGUGGCUGGCAUUCGCCAAGAGAAAGUUCAUGAACGUUAUUGUUCCUUGACUGACUGAAUCAUUCAUUUUUUUCAUAAUGGUAUGUAUUAUGGCGAUAUUAUACGACAGGCCAGCUAGCCAGACUUAGAAUGUUGGCCAAACACAAUAAUAUUUCAAAAUAUGAUGAUUGUGGUUUACCUUUUGUAAGUAUGGAUCAUGUUCUGGGGAUUCUUUUUAAUUGAAUUUCAUUUUACCUUUUGUAA